CUCCGCAGCAGCUGCCGGCGGCCGGGGAGGGAAGGAGGGAGCGAGCGAGCGGGCGCUGCCGCCCGCGCCGCGCCGAUGGGUCUCCUCCUGCUCCUCUGGGCGUGUGCGGCCGCCACCGGGGCAGCUGUAGGAUUUGGAAUGGAUCCUGACUUACAAAUUGAUAUCAUCACAGAGCUGGAUCUGGUGAAUACAACCCUGGGGGUAACACAAGUGUCAGGACUACACAAUGCCAGCAAAGCAUUUUUAUUCCAAGAUACAGAAAGAGAAAUCCACGCAGCACCCCAUGUGAGUGAGAAAUUAAUUCAGCUCUUCCGGAACAAAAGCGAGUUCACGUUUCUGGCCACUCUGCAGCAAAAGGCAUCGACUUCUGGAGUUAUACUGUCCAUCCGAGAGUUAGAGCACAGCUAUUUUGAGCUGGAGAGCAGUGGCCUGCGGGAUGAGAUCAGGUAUCACUACAGGUUUAAUGGGAAGACAAGAACAGAGGUGCUCCCAUACCGCCUGGCAGAUGGACAGUGGCACAAGAUUGCUGUGUCACUUAGUGCAUCCCAUCUUCUGCUCCACGUGGACUGCAACAGAAUUUAUGAACGUGUCAUUGAUCCCCCAGAAACGAAUUUGACACCUGAAAGCAAUUUAUGGCUCGGACAGAGAAACAGGAAACAUGGUUUCUUUAAGGGUGUUAUUCAAGAUGUGAAAGUCAUCUUUAUACCUAAUGGAUAUAUAACACAGUGUCCUAAUCUGAACCGCACAUGCCCAACCUGCAGUGAUUUCUUAAGUCUGGUGCAAGGAAUCAUGGAUUUACAAGAACUCUUGGCAAAAAUGACUGCAAAAUUAAAUUAUGCAGAAACAAGACUGAGUCAAUUGGAAGACUGUCACUGUGAGAAGACUUGUCAAGUAAAUGGAUUGAUCUACAGAGACAAAGACUCAUGGGUUGAAGAUGAUCACUGCAGGAAUUGCACAUGCAAAAGCGGAGUUGUGGAAUGCCGAAGGAUGUCCUGUCCCCCUCUCGAAUGUGCUCCUGAUGCUCUCCCCGUGCACGUGGAAAGUCAGUGCUGCAAGGUGUGCAAGGCCAAGUGUAUCUAUGGAGGCAAAGUGCUAGCAGAAGGUCAACGAGUAUUAACCAAGAGCUGCAGGGAAUGUCGAAAUGGAGUUUUAGUAAAAGUAACAGAGACUUGUCCACCACUGAACUGCUCAGAAAAAGAUCACGUUCUUCCAGAGAACCAGUGUUGCAGUGUUUGUAGAGGUCAUAACUUCUGUGCAGAGGGACACAGAUGCGGUGAAAAUUCCGAGUGCAAAAACUGGAACACAAAAGCUACUUGUGAAUGCAAGAAUGGUUAUCUCUCUGUCCAAGGGGACUCUGCAUAUUGCGAAGACAUUGAUGAGUGUGCUGCCAAGAUGCACUAUUGCCACGCCAACACCGUGUGUGUUAACCUGCCUGGGUCCUACCGCUGCGACUGUGUCACGGGAUACGUGCGUGUGGAUGACUUCUCCUGCACAGAGCAUGAUGAGUGUGGCAGCGGGCAGCACAACUGUGAUGAGAAUGCAAUCUGCACUAACACCAUCAGGGGACACAGCUGCACCUGCAAACCUGGGUACGUGGGCAACGGGACCAUCUGCCGAGCAUUCUGUGAAGAAGGGUGCAGAUAUGGUGGAACUUGUGUAGCUCCUAACAAGUGUCUCUGCCCUUCUGGAUUCACUGGAAGUCAUUGUGAGAAAGAUAUUGAUGAGUGUGCAGAGGGGAUCAUUGAGUGUCACAACCAUUCACGCUGUGUUAACCUCCCAGGGUGGUACCACUGUGAGUGCAGAAGCGGUUUCCAUGACAAUGGAAGCUAUUCUCCUUCCGGGGAGUCCUGUGUUGAUAUCGAUGAGUGUGCCUUAAAGAUCCACACCUGUUGGAACGAUUCAGCCUGUGUGAACCUGGCAGGAGGUUUUGACUGCCUUUGUCCAUCUGGGCCAUCUUGCACUGGAGACUGUCCCCAUGAAGGUGGCUUCAAGCGGAAUGGGCAGGUGUGGACCCUGGGAGAGGACAGAUGCUCUGUUUGUUCCUGCAAGGACGGGAGGAUUUUCUGCCGGAGAACAGCCUGUGACUGCGGGAACCCCAGUGCUGACCUCUUCUGCUGCCCGGAGUGUGACACUCGUGUCACCAGCCAGUGCCUCGACCAGACCGGGCAAAAGCUCUACCGCAGCGGGGACAACUGGACCUAUAGCUGCCAGCAGUGCCGUUGCCUGGAAGGAGAGGUGGAUUGUUGGCCUCUUCAGUGUCCGACCCUGAACUGCGAGUACACAGCCAUGUCAGAAGGAGAGUGCUGUCCUCACUGUGUCAGUGACCCCUGUCUGGCUGACAGCAUCACCUAUGACAUCAGGAAAACCUGUCCAGAUGGCUAUGGAAUCACAAGGCUUAGUGGUGCUGUGUGGACAAUGGUGGGAUCUCCUUGUACAACCUGCAAAUGCAAGAAUGGGAAUGUCUGCUGCUCAGUGGAUUUAGAGUGUCUCAACAAUAACUGA